AUGCGAGUGGCUCUGCUGCUGGCGUCGCGCACGACGAAAAACUCGGAAAAGGUGGUCUUUAUCCCAGAGACGGAUGGCGUUACAGGACCCGAUGACUCGGAUGAUGAAAAUGAUUCACCGCCGCCGAAUGCGAGUGGUGAGGAAUCAGCGAGGCCUGCAUUGAAGCCGAAACGAUCCGUCUCUGAGCGCUUAACAAAAGAGCAUCGUGAGGAGCGUCAUUUACCUCGUGUCACGGCGUAUUGUAUUGCCGAUAUGUUUAGGCUUGCCAAAACUGCGACGUUUCUGAGGGAGAAGCAUCAUGUCAAGCCGAGAAUAUAUGAUGACUUGUUGUAUGCGGCCUACUCGCUACCACUGCUGAGCGGCGAUGAAGAAGGUUGUCGCCAUGAAGAGGCUGUGGCUACAGAAGAUUUGCCUGACCAGGCUGAAGCAGAAUCAAAGGAGCGCGCCAAAUAUAUCAAUCGACGGGGCUCUAAUCCAACAGCAGCUGAUCUACCAGCCAUGUACCAGUGCGCUGAACUCUUCAUCCUCUCCUACGGCGUCGUCGUCUUUUGGAACUUUUCUGAACGUCAGGAACGUAACAUCCUAGCAGACUUAACAUUCGCUAUGGAUCGGACGCUGAUGAGUAGACCUUUGCCGGACCGUGAUGUCGAGACUGAAGAAUUCCAUUUCGAGUACUCGCCGAAUACACGACGUCCGCGUAUUUUCAAUGACAUGAUUACGUUGCGUUCUGCUGAUCACUUCAUCAAAAUGGCCAUGUCGCACGCGAUUGCGCAGUCUGUCAAAUUGUCGUUGUUUGAAGGACGCAUGGAUGAUAGUAUGGCGGCUGCUGCGCAUGUUCCUCGCAAAUUGGCAACGACAGGAGAACUGAGCAUGACCAAACCGCAAGUGAUGCGCAUGUCAGGUCAGCUAUUCAAGUUGAGGGUGGACGUAAAUCUUUCGUCCAACAUCCUGGACACGCCAGACUUCUUCUGGGAGUCCGAACCAACACUCAUGCCGCUCUACUCGGCUGUGCGCGAUUACCUGGAGCUCAAGGGACGCAUUGUGCUGCUCAACUCAAGGACGACGGUGUUGCACGAUAUGAUCAGCCUGCUGUCUGACAGUAUUGCAGAUGACACCAUGACGAAGAUUACCUGGAUUGUGAUUUUGCUGAUUGCCAUCAGUGUGGUGGUGACGACGUUCGAGGUGGUGCUGAGGUUUGCCCUGAUUCAGCGUAACAGGGGCCAUGCUUGA